UAUCGCGGGAUUUGUGUGUUACGGUCAAAGAUGGUUAAGACUACUGGUUUGAAACCCAUGUUGUAUGGUCUUUUCAGUGUUAUCACAUAAAAUAUAACAAUUGAAUCAAUGAUUUUGUUAGUUAGCAAGCAGAUUAUUGUAAUAACAGCGUCAAGACAACAAGAGCAAGAAGGUGGCUGAUGGAUACAUUUGUGAGUCAAACCAGGAAGCGCUAUAUUGAUGGGACAACAGAUGAACAGAGAGAACCUGUGUGGAAAAAAUGUAAAGAAGAAGAAUGCAAUCAGGGGAUUGUAAAGGAGGAUGUGAAGGAGGAUGCCUAUUUGACUGAGUUCUCUAAGUCUUGGCAGAAGAUUGAAGCAGAGGGACUGGACUGUGACUAUGCUCUACUCUUUCCUAAAGAGGAAGCAGACUGCCUCUACACACAGCUGGAGGAGGAGGUAGUCUACCUCACAGGAGAUAAAACAAAGAUUCAGGUGUUUGGGAAGGUCUACAAUGUCCCCAGAAAACAGGCGACUUGUGGGGACGCAGGACUAACAUACACCUAUUCUGGAGUGAGUCUUCAGGCUAGCCCGUGGACUCCAACCUUGGAGUACAUUCGUGAUGCUGUUACAAAGGCGACAGGGCAAACCUUCAACUUCGUCCUGAUUAACAGGUACAAAGAUGGACAUGAUCACAUGGGUGAGCACCGUGAUGAUGAGCGGGAACUGGACCCCCUCUGUUCCAUCGCCUCCGUAUCCCUGGGGGCGGUCCGGGACUUUGUCUUCAGACAUAGGGAGUCACGGGGAAAACAGUGCCGACGGCAGAUCAACCCAGUGAAGCUGGAACUGGCCCAUGGAAGCCUGCUCCUCAUGAACUCUCCCACAAACACCCACUGGUGCCACAGCCUGCCAGCCCGCAAGAGGGUCCUCACACCCCGCAUCAACCUUACCUUCAGACGCAUCCUCCAAGACGGCAAGAAAUGAGGGUCAGACAUGGUCCGUUGGGAGUCUCACUUCAUUGUGGCUGACGUCACGGGACGUACUAUCUAACCACUGUCCCCACUGCAAUAUUGAUUCAACUAGUUUUUGAAUUUGUUCAUUGUCCAAUUCAUAAAAAUCAGUCAUGUGGUAACUCUUUACUUAUAGAUUCUUUAUUUUCAUAAUUGUAUCUAUGAAAACAAUCAACUUCUUCACAGAUCUCACACACACAAAUCUUCAAAAUAUACAUUAGUGCAAAUUGAUCAGAAAAUGGGUAAGAGGGAUAUUUAGAGGUUGCAUCCUAAUUCAAUACUAGGAGAGUAAAUGGCAGUUUUUAAAACACAACUGGUAUGCUUGUUGAGCAUUACACUUAGAUUGUGUAGUUGUACACACUGCCACCACAACUUUAAACACUGUGGUAAAUUUGUUACAUUGCUAUCAAUUCCAAUGCUCUAUAAAAGAGUUGUAAAACUAUCAUGUUGCUUCAAUAUCAUUUAGGAACAAAAAUAACAAUAUACACAUUAGCUUGAUACCAUGAGAUCUUGUGCAACAACUGCAGAAAUGAUUCUACAUGAAAGUAAAUGGUCUGCAGACAUGUGGAGCUAGACUACAAUCCAAACCACCUGCAUGUUAUUACAGUAUUCUGAAUUUGUUACACGUAGAAAAAUGUAAUAUACAGCAGCUUAUAUACAAUGUCAAUUGAAACAUUGCAUUAUUUUAAUUAAACCUACAUUAAGA